AUCUGCUGUGACACAAAUUAAAUUAAACAAAGAAGAAGAUGGCGGAAGAAGGUACAGCAAACAGUCACCCUGCUGCAGAGAGCAUGAAAUAACGACAUUGAGCUACAGAUAUGUCUGCAGGUUGUCUCAGGUGGGUGCUAAGCCAAGCAGUGAGAGCUGUAUGUGGUGACAGCCGUGCCUGCUGGACACCAGCAUCUAGAUUUACCAUAUGCAGCGGAAGAUCCAACAUCAUCACUUCCUCCUGGAGAUGUUCUCCAUUCUCUACUGCUGUAGAUGACACAAAAGAGACUCCGCCACCAAAGAAAAAAAAGCAGGAUCCCAGAGGUCAUGCCACACUCAGCAACGUUGGCCACAGCAUCCCACAGCGUGAGAUACAGGUGAUUAGUGAGACAGGCGAGAACCUGGGCAUCAUGCACCGUGCAAAUGUUAUCAGAAUGAUGGACACGCAGGGUCUCAAAUUGGUGCUGCUCAGUGGAAGCAAAGAUCCUCCCGUCUACAAGCUGAUGAGCGGCAAACAGAUCCACGAAGAGAAGAUGAAACUGCGGGAGAAGCAGAAAGCAAAACCAGCCCCUGUGCAGGUGAAAGAGGUCAGCUUUUCAUCCGGCAUCGCAGCUCAUGACCUCUCCACCAAGCUAAAACAAGUGGAGAGUUGGCUGGAGAAGAAGAACCAUGUUAGAAUCACUCUGAGAUCACGACGCUGGACACCUGCAGACAACCUGGACCAAGCUCUGGAGCAGAUUGUGCAACAGUUGGAGGUGACAGUGGGGUUUGUCGCCACGCCAAAACUCAUACAAGAGGGUCAGGCAGCCAUGUGCAUCAUCCGACCACCUUCAGCAAAAGAACAGUUGAAAAUGAAGAAAGAGGCUGCAGCUUUGCAGUCUGCUGACUCAAAUCUGACAGCCACAGAGAGCAAAACAUCUGAUAGCGACACGGACAUGACAGAUGGGCCUAUACAGCAGUGACCUGAUGGAAAUAAAACAUUCUCAAAAAACAAA